CGAAAAGAGCCUACAGUUGUGGUAACACUUAAUCUUCAAGAGAACAGGAGCUAGUAUCAUAACAGACAAGCAGUAAGAAUUAGUUUAGUCGUGAUGGAAAGAAUGGUGAAUGGUGGCAGCGGUGUGAGACAAGAAAAUCAGCGAUGGUCGUUAAUCCAUGGUCCUCGUUUCUUGGCAGUCCUACUGGUGAUAUCCAUGAUCCGAGUAGCAUCAACUCAGGACGAAAUGAGGAGUAAUCUUGAUCAAGGUUUGAAUAAAAUUCGAACCCCAAGAUAUGCCAAGACAACAAGGAAAACUAACACUCAAUCCAACAGGGUUUGUAACACCACUGAAUGCAUUGAGGCAGCCAUCCAAAUCAAUAGUUCGAUCAACCUAGCUGUGGACCCUUGCGAUGACUUUUAUGAGUACGCUUGUGGGAAAUGGCCGACAAACAAUCCUAUACCAACUGGCUACGCAUAUCAUUCUAUAUAUACUAUCGCCGAAUUGAAAACACAGACAUAUAAAAAAACGAAAUUAGAAUCGGGAGUUAUAAAAGUAAAAGGAGCAAGCAAAGAAGUGCAGCAAAUGCCAUCUGUUUUGUACGCCUCGUGCAUGAACCUAACGGCCAUUGAAAAUCUUGAUGACGAACCUCUGAGAGAACGUAUUAGAGAAUUUGGUGGUUGGGACAUGAUUGGAGACUGGGAUGAGAAUACGUGGGAUUUUAAUAAGACCCUUAUCUCUAUUCAUAAAGAAAACGGUGCAGGGCCUUUUUUUAAGGUGGGAAUCAUAGAAGCCGGAAAAAAUAAAGCAUUAAAUAUACAUCAAUCUGAACCACCCUUAGGCAAAAAGUAUUUUCUGAAUCUAUCAUCAAAGCAAGUGGUAGCAUACAGACAGCUGAUCAUUGAUAUCUUGGUUCUGUUGGGUGGUAAUGAGAGCACCACUGCCAAGAAAGCAGACGAGAUCAUUCGUUUGGAUGCCCAACUUGCAAACUUAACUUUAAUUGAAGCAGAAUGGCGACCGUUUGAAACGAAGACUAAAACUCUUGAACAACUUCAACAACAAGUGCCUGAGUUCAACUGGACCGUUUACUUAAAUAAACUGUUUGAACCAUCUGCGAUUCCUCAAAGUGAACCAAUUGCCUUGCCUAUGUUGUCCUACCUAAAGAAUGCGAUGAAAAUCAUACAGAACACGCCAAAGAGGAUACUGGCAAACUAUAUGGUAUGGUAUGUGAUACAGUACGAGAACUGGUGGCUUGCUAAGCCUUUCAGGGACGCUCUGGGAAGGUACACGCAAGCAAUAACGGGUGCUACUUCUGACAGAGAGCGUUGGAAAACGUGCAUUGACUCGGCUUUUAGAGCUUUUUCUGAUUUAAUUACAGCUGCAUAUGUCCAGGAACAUCAAGCGGAACUUGCAAAGCGAAUAAGCUUGGCAAAACAAAUUGUGAGUGAAGAGGUUCAAGCUUUUAAGGACAACAUCAACUCGCUAACCUGGAUAGAUGGUGCAACUAAAAGUGCAUUAUAUCAAAAGGCUGACUGCAUGGGUCAAAAGAUAGGCUUUCCCAGUUACAUGUUGAACAGCACAAAAAUGGCUUCCUUAUUUGAAAAGUACAGAGGCCUAAACAUCACAGCUGCCACAUAUUACAAAAACAAAGUGUCCUUCUACAAGAACAAACGACAACGAGUACUACGCUACUUGAGAAAGCCAAGAGAUAAUACAUUAUGGUAUGCGUCUCCUCUUACAGGAACUGCCAUUUACAAUCUUAUCGAAAAUGAAAUAACUCUCCCAGCUGCCAUUCUUCAGCCACCGAUCUUAUAUCCCAGCAAAUUCCUAAGAUCACGUAUUUGGUUCAUAGGUAGACGCUAUGACAAGGAUGGGAAAGAAAGAAGCUGGUGGUCAAAUAGUACGCUUGAAGAAUUUGAUAUAAGACUAAAAUGCUUUGAAAAGCAGUAUUCGGCCUACAAAGUAUUAGGAAAAUGGCCUAUCAACGGAAAGAAUACAGCUGAGGAAAAUGUUGCAGACAAUGGAGCUUUAAAAAUAGCACUCAAGGUGUAUUACAAUUGGGUAAGCCAAAAUCCGGGUGAAAAAUGGUUGCUACCAGGACUGAAUUACACCAAUGAGCAGCUCUUCUACAUUGGAUUUGCUCAGCACUUUUGUAGUAACUCUACUCUUCAAGAUCGAUACGACAUGAUUCAGAGUGGAAGUCAUACAGAUGAUAAAUUCAGGAUUAUUGGUUCGUUGGCAAAUUCCUGCGAGUUCGCCAAUGCAUUCAAGUGCAAAAAGUACAGUCCAAUGAAUCCAAUCAACAAAUGCUAUCUGUGGAGUAAAGAAGGACCAUUGGUCUAACAGCAUAUUAAUCCCAUCAAUGAUAAUUCUUACAAUCGGUACGCACCAUCCUGCAAUCGCCAGAUAUGCUUGGAUUUAAAUAUGUAGGAAUUCAUUAUAGAUGAAUAAAAUGCAUGUUCAAAGAUGA